UUUUACAAACACCGGAAAGACUGAUGGUGGGAGAUCCAAUAAUACAAAGCGCACCGUGGGUGGUCCAUGGGUCGGGGACCAGACACCGCACAGUAUGUGUGGUCCGGUUGUUCCUCUGCAAACGGAAUGUAAUUUAGCUUUAGCUAGUAUGGUUUGUGAGAUUGUGUGUUUCGCUUGACGCAUCCAAGCCGAGGAAGAAUUUAAAAAGACUGAACGAUUCACUCAAAUAUAAUUUUGAAGGCGUAAUUGACAACAAUGCAUUGUCAAUAUUAUUACUUGUCCAAGAUCUCACUAUGUGCAUUUUACUGUAUAUUUAUUUUGAGCGCGAAAUUAACAAACGUAAAUGCUGAGACGAGUGGAAUUUAUGAGAGAAAUGAACUAGUAGAAAACGACAGGGGGGAAAGUUUGUACCCUUAUGAUCUCCGGAGCUACUCAAAUAAUGUAGAAUGCAGAAGACCGGCUACUUGUGUAAAAUUGGAAUACAACACAUGCAUGGGUACUGUCUUGCCAUACACUGUGUCUACUUUGGAUCUUCUUCCGGAAGGCACAACUCAGGAUUUAAUUGCGGAACAGCUUCGACUUUUACAAGGAUUACAACACAUUCCCAAAUGUUGGGCUGUAGUUCAACCACUUUUAUGUUCAUUGUUUAUGCCGAGAUGCGAUAAUAAUGUUGUUGAGUUGCCAUCACAAGAGAUGUGCAAGAAAAUACUAAAUCCUUGUAGAAUAGUCAUGAAUCAUACGAUAUGGCCAAGUUUCAUUAAAUGUGAUAAUAAAAAACUAUUCCCAAAAUUAUGCAAAGAUAUUUCGAGAGAACUGCAGUUUAAUACGUCAGGAAGAUGUUUGAAACCUCUAGUUCCCACUGAUAAUUCUCUAGUUACAUUUGAAGGAAUUGAAGGCUGUGGUACUCCGUGUAAUGAUCCGCUUUAUACCAAUGAUGAACACAAACAAAUUCAUUCGUUCAUAAAAUGGGGUGCAGUCAUUUGUAUGUGUUUUCAUAUAUUCACUAUUUGUACCUUUUUAAUUGAUUGGCGAAGUGCCAAUAAAUAUCCAGCUCUUGUUAUUUUCUAUAUAAACUGUUGUUUUUUAAUCUCUUGUAUUGGAUGGAUACUUCAAUUUACAUCGGUAACUAGAGAUUCAAUAAUAUGUCAUAAAGAUAAUACACUUCGGAUAAAAGAACCCAGUGGUGGCAAUUUAUUCUGUGUUAUGGUUUUUGUUUUAAUUUAUUAUCCAUCAAUGGCAGCUUUGGUGUGGUUUGUAAUUCUCACUUACGCUUGGCAUAUGAGAUUUCAAUCUAUUAGCACAAUCCAAGAUAAAAUUGAUAAGAAAAGUGCUUAUUUUCAUCUGAUUGCCUGGUGUUGUCCUCUUGUUUUAACAGUCACAAUCAUUACCCUUUGUGAAGUUGAUGGAAACAGCGUUACAGGUAUUUGUUUCGUAGGAUAUACGAAUCAUAUCGUACGAGCUGGUUUUGUACUAGGUCCUACUUUAUUGAGUACUGCUGUUGGUGAAUACUUUUUAUCCAGAGGAUUAAUAACUUUGAUUCGUUUGAAAAUAAAGAGUCACAGUAUUGUAUCGGAAAGAGCGAAUUCAAAAAUUCGAGGCACAAUCAUCAGGAUGGGAUGUUUUUCAGUUUUAAUAUUUUUUGCUAUAAUGAUUACAUUUUAUUGUCACAUUUAUGAAUUUCAAAACUCAUGGAAAUGGCAUCAAAGUUUUAGAGAAUAUAUUUUAUGUUCAAUAAUCAAGUAUGAAGAAAGUUUGGAAUGUAAAAUAGCAUCACGGCCAAGCAUUAACAAGCUACAAUUACAUUUAUUGUCACCUUUUCUUGCCGGCGUGUUGAUGUCUCUGUGGGUUUGGACCAGUUCCACCGUUGAAACCUGGAAACGAUUUUUCCGUCGAACAUUCAACCGUGAACCCGAAGAGCCUGUAAAAUUAAAAAAGCAUCGAGUAAUUGCACAAGCAUUUGCCAAAAGAAAAACUUUCAAUAACAAAGGUCGUUUAUCAAUAAGUAUCUACAAUACUCAUGAAGAUCCAGUAGGAUUAAAUUUUGAUCUCAAUUCCGUAGCUUCUCAAGAUUUCAGUUCAACUUGGGCAGCAGCGUUGCCGAAAUUCGUAACACGUCGAGGCGCUUUAAUAGGCGGCAAUGCAGGAUCAGUAUCAAGCAAUCGAAGAAAUUCGGUAGAUUCCGAAAUAAGUUUUAGUGUACAAAGAGUUUCAGUUCAGUCUCGCAGAAAUUCGGUGGAUUCACAAGUGUCUUAUCAAAUUGCUGAAGUUAAAGCGACUCGCAAACGUAAACCGAAUUCGGGACCAAGAAAACAACGCUCAAAUCGAAAAAUUGUACAAUCUUCGAUAUCUACCAUUGGUCCAUUAUUUAUGAGAGGAAGUGCGACAUCUCUAAAUAGUCAACACAAUGCUCAAAUUUUAUCUGCACUUACUAUUGGUGGAACAUCACAAAUACCCGGUAUGAAAAGGCGUUCUGCUACGGCAGGUCUAAACGAAAGUGGUUUUAAUUCAGAACUAAUGCAUAAAGCAGGCAUGUUAUUACCAUUUUUCUUCCCUGAUGACAGCGAUAGUGAUGAAAACUCAAGUAUCGACCAGGAUAAAAACCCGGAAAGUGAAAGUAAAAUUGUUAUCGUUGAAAAUAUUAAUAUUGAGGAAGGCGAGCAUUAUAGUGAGAGUGAAGACAGUCAAGUGGAUGAAGAGACUAAAAUGCUCGAUUCCGAAGAACCACUAAGUUGUACUAGAAGCAAAAAUACUGAUAAAACUUCUAAACGUUUUAGUCAUGAUAGUGAAAAAAGUCGCGAAACUCAAAAAAGUAAAUUUAUUAUUCAAAAUGAGACUAUUCUCAAGCACUUUCUCCAAACAUCUAAUGACACGAAGACAGAGAAAGAAAAUGAGAAAGAUUUAACCAAAAAAGCCAAUAUCAGUAACUUGAGUUCAAGUUUGAAUUCUUAUUGCCCGGAAUUGGUUCAAAUAAUGCAAUUAGAUGCGCAAUCGAGUGCGCGGGAAAUGGCGACACAAACAUCUCUUCCAAUAGAUAUUCUUGAAAUGGAGGAAUUGAAACAAAGUAUUGAUGAAAUAAUUAACAGUAGAAACUCUAGUUCAAAAACUACUCAAAAAUCUCCACAAUCACAUAAAAGUAACAAUCGAAAAACUGAAAAUAAAAUAAUGUCUACGAAUCAAAAUGCUGUGCCACGAAUAUUAAAAGAGAACCAUCAAAACUAGAAAAUUAUUAAUCAUAAAAACGUUUGAUUUUUUUCUGUCAAGUUGUAUGCAAAGAAUACUCAAAGAACAAACUAGUUCUAAAAUUUUUUACAUACCUGUAACUUUUUGUAAUAAAUCAAUUUUUAUAACACUAUUGUUACGUUCCCCUAAUAUUUUAUUAUGAAAUAAUUAAUAUAAAUUUAAUAAAUGAUUUCGACUUAUAAUUUAAAUUUAUAUAUAAAU